AUGGCAGAUAUUUAUUCUGAGACCGAAGUUUAUCACACUUUGGACGUGAUUGGAAAAGGCACGUUUGGCAAAGUUUUAAAGUGCUGGAGGGGGAGUGACGGUGAAUUGGUAGCGGUAAAAGUUAUGAAAAGCGACGCUCAUAAAAGUCGAGUGAUAAAGAACGAAUUGAAACUAAUUGGUGCCCUUUCCAAAACAAACUUGGAAAAUAGCCAUAUAGUUCAAUUUUACGAAGCUUUCCGAGACCAAAGUCAUCAUUACUUGGUGUUCGAAAUGCUGGAGAAGAAUUUGUAUCAGUUUCAGAAGGAAAAUGGUUACAGGCCUCUGUCAAUCCUGAACAUCCGAACCAUCACCUGUCAGAUUUUAAGGGCUUUGGUGAAACUUAAAGAACUGGGCAUCAUCCACGCGGAUCUAAAACCUGAAAACGUCAUGAUCGUGGACCAGCUUCGCUAUCCUUUCCGUAUCAAGCUGAUCGAUUUUGGCUCCGCUAAUAUUUUCAAUGAAGUUCGUUUUGUAAAGGAUCCGUACAUCCAAUCCAGGUUCUACAGAUCUCCUGAGAUAAUCCUGGGUCUGCCAUUCUGUGAAAAAGUGGACAUGUGGUCUCUUGGCUGUGUGAUGGCAGAGAUGUUCCUUGGUUGGCCUCUUUACCCAGGAGAAUCUGAAUUUGAUCAGAUAUGCAAUAUCUGUGAGACCCAAGGGCUCCCUCACCCUCACCUGCUUAACUCAGCCAGCAAGACCAACCUUUACUUUCAGCUUGUGAGAAAUAACUGUGGUGGAAUCACUUGGCAGCUGAAACCUAAGAGGAAUACAUGCUCAGGUACAGCCACAAAGCUGACACAAGGUAAAGAUGGAACAUCAGAGCGGCGUAAAUACAUCUUCACCUCCCUGGAUAAUCUAUGCAGCAUAAAUGUCACUGAGCGAGACCCGACAUUUCAUCCUGAGGACCUGGUAGCAGAGACGGUGGACAAGGAGUUUAUGGUGGGGCUCAUUAAACGAAUGCUGACACUGGAUUCACAUCAGAGGAUCAACCCUAGCUCGGCCCUGCGGCACCACUUUAUGACCAUGCAGCACCUGUGCAUUGACUCAGACUCCCAACACUAUUACCAAAUGUCCCUGCAAGCCCUUCAAAAAGCCCUGAUUCUUGGGAGAGCAGGAAACACUGCCAUGACCUGUUAUCCAACAACAGAGCAACAGAGCUUGGCACAUGGCAAGGAAACUGGUGCACCCUGGGCUGAACAAGUUCACAUCCACAAGAGCACAGAUACCUACCAAGCCUGUUUAGAUGGAGACCACUUCCAGAGAAAAGCUUGUAUAGAAGCAAACUACAUUCAGGAUGCCCAUACAGACACCUAUCCACCAUGCAUUGAAGGAUACCAUGCCAACAACCACAGUGAGACUUGCACAAUUGAGAAACCAGCAGAAAGGACCCUGCAGCACAAUCCAUCCGCAGGCCUAGUCCAGAGCACAACUGAACAGUUGGAGAAUCUCUGUCUGAAGGCAGGGGCCAACCAGGAGCCCAGUGCUGUGGUCUGGCCAGAGACAAAAAUGACUGACUUACAUGUGCCAGCUGAGGUAGUUCCUAAAAUCAAAGCUUGUCAGCCAUUCUGUGACAGCAACCUGCCAGACAGUGUGGAGGGUUUGCAUAUGCCCUGGUCUUGUGAUGGAGAUGACUCUUUGACCAGCUCUAUGCUGGCAUACAUUAACAGCCUAGAGGGUGGCCAGCAUGGUCCAAGGCUUAAGGCUGCACAUCGUUCUUGCUCUGGCCCCACCAGUGGUCCACAAAAUGAGUCUUUUUUCCAAGAGAACUCUGGAAACCCACAAGGAAUCAAACAGGCCCAGCUAGCUCCUCACACACUACUUAACUCAGACCUGUGCCCUGCUGGGGAUCUCUUUAAUUCUUCAGACAUUCUUACUGCUGAUGGACUGCUAAGCCCUCAAGACUUAACAGACCAGAUAGAGCAAGCUGGCCAGGCUCUUUGCAACUAUGCAGAAACAGAGGGUGUCCACUUUGUUCCAUAUGAGCAAGAAGUCUGCCCGUGCCCUCAUACCCAAUGGCCCAGAGUCAUUAACUGGACCUCAGACCCAGAGGUGGUGCCAUUGCUGCACUAUGGGCCUUCUGAUUGUUCUAGCACCAGCCAGGAGAACUUCCUCCAGUACUGA